AUAAGCGGCUUUGCUUUCAAAGAUGGCGGAACUGAACAAGAAAAAAAGUAAAUUGCAACUUACAGAUGAGGAUACACAAAAAAUAAUCGACCUUUGGUCGACAAAAGAUGUGCUCUUUAACUGCUCUAACCCAGAUUACUUCAAGAAAGACUCGAGGGCAGCAGCCUUAGCUGACAUUGUAGAAAAAGCUGACAUUGCCGGCUUGACAACAGAAGAGCUUCACAAGAAGUUAGCAGGUCUACGAACAUACUAUGGGAGAGAAAUAGGGAAAGAGAGGAUAACAAAGGUAUCGGGAACAGGUAGAAAGGAUGUGUAUGUGUCCAAGUGGCCCUUCUUCACCUCCCUGCACUUCUUGAGGGAUAAUAUAACCCCAAGGAAGACGACAAGUAAUUUGGAACCUGCUGCCAUUAGUACUGUGGUUCUUAAUGAAGAUGUACCUGUAGACAGCGUUGAAGAUGAAACAAAAGAAGAAAAUGAUGAAAACACUAGCUCUGUCUUUAAAGUCAAUGCUCCAUCUCGAAAAACCUCAAGAAAAYUGGAGGAUGAGCUGUUGGAAACAUGCAUCAAGGAAUUGAAAAAACCCAAGCAAGCUACAUCCCCUGGAAAUGAUGGAGACAGCAUUUUUGGUAAUUACAUUGCCAGUCAAUUAAAGAAARUCCCUGAAGGCUACAGAAAGGAGAUGCUGAAACUUGAACUACAGCAAUGCAUUAUGAAAGCAAUGAUUCCUACACCUGCCAGACAGCCUUUUGCAACCAUUGAUUUUUCAGAUUUGGAAUAGAUUGUGGUUAUUAUAUUACUCUUUGCUUAACUAAAUAGUUACAUAAACUUUGACUUUCUUAACUCAUUCAAAAUAAUACAACCUGUGUAUAAGUUAGSCAGUUGUAAAUCUGAGCAAUAUUUGGUUCAAUUGACAUUUGCAAAUUAGAACACAGUCAGCCUGAAAAAAUGAAAAAAGUGUAUCUUAAAAUCUAUAGAAUAAUAAUUCUGUUUUUAAUUUGGUCAUUACAAAAUAAUGCCAAAUAUUGCUCAGAUGUACAUUUGAUUUGGAUUUGAAAUUAGUAUACUUUUUGUUAAUGAACUGUUUUGCUUCAAUUCAAGAUUUCUCUAUUAGUCAGUAAAGACUAAUAAGUUGCUAUUUACAUUGAUUAUACAGUAAAAACCCGUGUAUAAGAACCUAGGUUUUUUCAAGUUAGCCUAAACAGGUUCUUAUAUAAAUGGUAUUUAGUGUAAAAUUAGGUUAAUUAGGUUCUUAACUUUUGUUCAAGAAAAAAGGUAAGAAUUUUUAAAUGAUGUGGUCUUUUAUAUCUGAUAGCAGUAUUCUUGGAGGCUUCAGUAAUUAGCAAAAUACUAUACACUACUGUCAACAUCAAAUGCUGUAACUGCUAUAAUCAGUGUGUACAGACUGUUUUAUAAA